UAUCUAGGAGGGACUUUCCUGUUCUUGGUCUGCGAGCAUUCUUGACAAACAUCGACUCGCAGAGUGAAGUUGUUCAUCAGACAGAUCACCUCUCACGAUGGCGCCCUCCUCGGAGAUCCCCCCUCCGUAUGAACAGCCCGCGAAGCCCAGCGGGCUCAAGGUGGACAGGCCAAACUUCAUCAUCUUCAUGCCGGAUCAGCUUCGCUACGACUCUCUGGGUUGCAAUGGAAACAAGACUGUAAAGACGCCCAACAUUGACAGCUUCGCAGCCGAAGGCACCCGCUUCACAAACUGCUUCGUCCAGGCCUCCGUCUGCACACAAUCCCGCUGCAGCAUGUUCACAGGAAACUACCCGCACGUCACAGGCCACCGCUCGCUCGAAAAUCUCAUAAAGCCGUGGGAGCCCAACCUCUUCCGGUCCCUCAAGGAGCGGGGGGGUUACCAUGUCGCGUGCCUCGCGCCUAGGGGCGAUACCUUUGCGCCGACGGUGACGGAGCUGUCGCUCGACGAGUACGGGUUCCUCGAGACGCCCGAGUUCGUACCGAGGUUUGCGGGUGGCGGGAGGGCGGAGCCGGACGAUAAGGAGGAUAUUUGGAAGAGGUUGUUUUAUAAGGGGUUGAGGAAUAAUGAGGAGGCGAUGGAUUAUGAUGAUGCUGUUGUGAGGGGGGCGUUGAAGUGGUUGGAGUGUCCGCCGACGGAUAAGCCUUGGGUGUUGUUUAUGCCGCUUAUCUUCCCGCAUUGUCCUUUUCAGGUGGAGGAGCCGUAUUUUUCCAUGUACGAUCGUGGGGAGAUGGGUGUGCCUACGAGACCGGAGGAUAAGGUGAGCCACCUUGUGCUGGAAGUUGCUGCGAGAAAAGGUGUCUCAGCUGACGGAUUACAUCAGACCGGCUACGAGCCUCGCUACAUGCAGCUCAACCGCGAGCGGUACGGCACCCACCGCGCGACGCCCGAGAUCUGGGCCGAGGUGAUGGCGACGUACUAUGGCAUGAUCUCCCGUCUCGACGAUCAAUUCGGGCGCGUUGUAGAAAAGACAAAGGCACUGGGCCACUGGGACUCUACGGUGACGCUGUUCUUUACAGACCACGGGGAGUACCUCGGCGACCACGGCAUGAUUGAAAAGUGGCCGUCAGGCCUCUCGGACUCGCUGACCCACGAGCCGCUCCUCGUCGGCGGCUGCGGGCUGCCGCGGGGCGUGGUGUACGAUGAAAUGGCGGAGAUGGUGGACCUGGUCCCGACGGUACUGCAGUUCGGGGGGAUCGGGGAGCAUUUCCCGCACUGCGGUGUCUCGCUCGCGGACGUGUUGACCUCUGCCGGAACGGACGCCGAGACGGGGACGACGAAAGUCCACAAGGAGUUUGCGUUUACGGAAGGCGGGUUCCUGACGAGUGAGGAGCCGUUGUUGGAACAGGCGCCGUAUCCGUACGAUAUCAAGGCGGCGCUGCAGCACGAGGACACGACGAUCGUGGGCAAGAGCGUGUCGUGCCGGGAUAAGAAGUGGACGUUUGUGUAUAGGCUGUAUGAGCCGGCGGAGCUGUAUAGCAGGAUUGAGGACCCGGGGGAGCUACAUAACUUGGCCGAGGUGGCGGAGUAUCAGGAGGUGAGGAGGCGGAUGGAAGGGGUUGUGUUGAGGUGGAUGGUGGCGAGUAGUGAUUUCUUGCCGUGGCAGAAGGAUCCGAGGUUUCCUGCUGUGGAGAUGGAGAGUGUUGCGGAUCAGUUUAGGAGACGGGCUGGGCACUUGUAGAAGGAUGCCAAGGGUUGAUUGCCUGUGAGGUAGAGUUGGAUAUUGAGGCUAUUGACAUUAAACUGCCGAAUGAAGCGAUUCCGCAAA